GCAUGAGGUAGGUAGCCAGAUUGUAGUGGUGCCGCGCCAAAGUGGCUGAUACGGUACUGCAAUGGCGCGAGGUAUCCUUUCAACAAGGCGGCGACGUGCUUCCACAACCAGCGGGCCUGGUCGGCAUGACAAUGGCUCAUUGAUGAACGACAGCUGCUAGCUUUGUCUGUUCUGUAGUUCCUGAAACACUUGAUUCGCUGGGUUGAAGGUCCUGAGUCCGUGUCUACUCUUUCGAGGGUUCCUUUUGGAGUCCCUGCUGGCCUGCAGCCUGCAAGCGCGGUUCUAGGAUGCAGUCUGACAGUAACACCGAUGAUGACAAUUCUCCACCACCGGAGAACCGCUAUGGCCGCGGUUCUGGGAGGGCCGGCGGUGGGGGUCCCAAGGAGCCAGCGCGCGGUGGGGGUUCUGACUACGGUGCGCAGCUGCGGCAGCUGCAGCAGGACGCCUACACAGGGGUCAUGAGGGCCUUCAUGGCACAGUCCAACAACAUUGGCUGGGACGAGGAGGAGCUGCUGGUGGGCCUGCGUAAGAGCCUGCACGUGGCCGAGGAGACGCACCGCUCCAUCGUGCAAGCGGAGCGCCACAACGAAGGCCUGCGCAGGAUCCGUGAGGGGUUGCAACAGCGUGGCGGCAGCGGCGGCUACGGCGGGGCCAUGACCCACUACGACGGCACGCCGGGGGCGGGCUUUGGGCCGGCGAAGACCGCGCCGCCGCCCAGCCUGGCAGCCCGGGGAAGAGGGGGGGCACUGGGGGCCACCAAAGGACGGGGGGGCGCUCCGUCUGGGCGUGGGCGGGGCGGCCGUCCUGGGCGUGCGGCCGGCCCGGCGGGCAGCCUGCCAGUGGGCUUGACGAUCAACGAGCACGUGGGGAAGCGGGUGGAGACGCUGUGGGAUGAAGAUGGCUGGUACCAGGCCAUCAUCAGCGACUACAACCCCGACACGGACAUGCACUGUUUGAUCUACAACAUCAACACGCCGGACGAGCAGUGGGAGUGGAUCAGCCUGGCUGAGGUGGGCGACAACCUCCGCUUUGUGGGGCCUGCGGAUCCCUCGCUGCUCAUGCAGGCCGGCCAGCCCCUGCUCGCCGGGGCGCGGGGCCUCUCUGCAGCCAAGGAGCGCAAGGAGCGGGGGGAGGAGGGGCUGGAGGGGGCGGGGCUGCCGGGACUGAACCUGGGCGGGGCUGCCAGCCUGGAAGAGAUCGACCGCGCCAAGGAGGAGCUCAAGCGGCGCGAGGAGGAGCUGCGGCAGCAACUAGAGGACCUCGGGUCGGACGACGAAGAUGAGGGCGAAGAGGGCGAGGAGCAGCUGCCGCCGAUGGGGCCCCCCCCGGACGACGACGAGGACGAAGGGCAGCGGCGGCGGGUGCAGCGGGGACGGCACCCGGGGCACGAGCAGGACGAGGACGAGGGGGACGACGAGGAAGACGACGACGAGGACGAGGACGACGAGGAGGACGAGGAGGACGACGACGAGCGGCAGCAGCGAUAGCAGGCGGGGGAGGCAGGGGGGGGCGAUGAGGGCACAGACCAGGAGGGAGCACACGGGAGACUGCAGCAGCAGAGAGCUCCGCGGGGCGGCUGAAUCGCAAAGUCCUGGACGAAGCAGGCAACAUGCGAGACAGCGCCUGUCCUUGCUUCUAAAAUCAUCUUGGUCAAAUUACAAUAAUGGGGCAUCACUGCGAGAGGAUGUGAAGUCGAUCGAGGCAGUCGACAAACCUAGAUGAUCUGGUCAUACAUCUACGUGCGUAGUGCAUGUUAGCCCUUUGCUCCUUUGCAACGCUGCUUCCGUUACUCAUCGAAGGAUUGCCUCGGGAAAGCUAUGAAGCGUCCGUAUCUCAGAAGGUCCUUCAUUCAGUUCCGAGUAGUUCCAUUUGGAAACAUUGGGCACUACUUGUUACGAUAUAUUUGGGCGAGCUUGGAUGGUAUUUAGACGGUCUAAAAUGCACUCCACAGAUUGAAU